AAUUAAUUUCCAAUUCAAUUUCUGAUCGAUAGAGAAAUUUUUAUUAUGCAUGUACAUAUUAUUUUCUAAAUUUGUAAUUAGCGACUCCUCAGUGAUUAAAUUUAUUCAAAUAAAUUCUCUUAAAAACCGACGGGUCACUGAAAAAUGUAGCAGUCCUCGUGUCGCUCUUCAAUGUUUGAAUUCAUGAUUUUUAAUAGUCAAAGACAAGUAGUUGGCAGUGCAUCUAUAUGAUGAAAUUUUUACGUAAAGUGGAUAAAAGUUAACUGUAGCUGGGAUACGGAUUUUAUAAAUUUUGGAAAAAAACUUGCAAGGUGCAAGACGUGGAAAUUCAAGCAAACAAGAAUGGGACGGGUUGGUGUUGGAAAUUUGGUCUUUCUGGUCUCUGUUAUCACAGGAGUAAAGGCUCUAGUUUCAACAAAUAAACCCGGAAAAUGUCCACUCCCUACUUACUCCAACGCUGGGGGAAACUGUAAGAGUGACAGAGACUGCUCAGGCUCCCUGAAGUGCUGUCCCCACACGCUGGCUGGGUUUGCUUGUAUGAAACCGGAAGCUUCGAGCGACAUCAAAAUCGCUCGACCGGGAGAAUGUCCCGUUAUUACGGACACCAAGACUGGAAUCUCGUGCGAACGGGACGCGGACUGCAUGGAGCCGCAGAUAUGCUGUACAUAUGGACAAUCCUCAAUAUGCCUUUAUCCUACUAUCGUGAACACACUUCCAAAAUUUAAAGAACCAGUUUUUAAGCCCGGUCUACACGUUCUGAGUAGUCGUUUGUUUGCAGUCAAUCGAUGGCUGUUACGAAAAUUGAAAUUAAGGGCACAGAAACGUCAGAAAAAGCCCACACGACCGAAAAAUGUCAACUCACGAAUCCAGAAACUUUUAGCGAGAUUGUCACCUAAAAAAUCUACACAACAGAGGAUAUUUCAAAGUUUGAACAAUUUUAUUUUUCGCUUUUUGCAAAAAAGAAAGAAGCAUUUCAAACCUUCCAUAAAAGUGUCCAAAAUUAAUAAUCCUGUUAAUGUAACGACUCUGUCAGAAAAAUCCAGCAAUACAACCUCAUCACCGGAGCUUAUACAUCCAGGAGGCGUGCCAAUUGUUUCUAGACCAGACAUUGUCGAAUCUUCAAUACAAGGCACAAGUGUCCCAGAAGUAGCCCCGGAAGUUUACCCCGAAGACUAUCCCGUAAUUAUCCCAAUUGAUGAACUAACCUCAUCAAUAAGUACAGAAAGUCCGAAAUCAGUUAACACAGAUAGCCCGAUUUUUGAUAUAUUGAAAACACCAACUUCAUUACUUCCAGCAGGAGAACCUGAACUUUUUCCAGAAGAAAAUCCAGUGAUCAUUUCUGUGCCAGAAGAGUUAGUUACCCCGGAACCGGAACCAUCUCUACCAACAAGCACAGCAGUUCCGGAUAUCAGUACUUCUAUGAGUCCAACUGUGCAAUCAACAGAUGUGAGCUUAACUCAAACGUCCGCAUCUAUGGCACUGCCAUCUAAAUUUCAAGUCCCUUCAGUUGACAUAACGUCAGAAAACAGCAUAGCUGAACCUGAAACAGCGCGUAGAACUUCCCCAUCCUCAUUUAAACCUGUUUGGCAUAUCAUCGAUCCGAUGUCUAAACAAAAAAUACCUUUGGGCCAGUCUUCCAUUCUUGACGUUGUUUCUCCGGCUGAACGCAUGUACGAACAACACAUUAAUGAAGAGUAUGGGCCUCUUAAAGAACCGAGCGAUGCUCAAACUUCUUUUGACAAUCAUUUUGCCAGCUACCUCCAAAAAACAAUGCUACCACCGGAAUCUAACAGUAUCUAUCCGGAAAAUAGUUUAUUAUAUCCGGAAGUGGAAAUCUUCAAACCGGAAAAGCAAGGUUCAUGUCCUGUGAAUUUAAUGUAUCGGAGGUGCGAGACAAAUUGCAAAUUCGAUGAUGAUUGCCCAGGGGUUGACAAAUGUUGUGACAUGGGUUGCGGUAAUGUUUGUGUGACGCCAAAAGAGAAGAAAAUUUACUGAAAAGGAGAAAACAGAAUUAUUAGAAAGAGUACACCAAUCAUGGAGCCACGUGUCAAAUGCUUCCCAAUAUACACCUCUAUCUUUAGAUUCCAGUCACUCUCUCAGGGCUUAUAACUGUUCAAAUGAGGCAUAUAGUAGUAGUUAUCAGUAUUUUAUUUAAAUUUUGAAAUAUAAAUUUUUCCAAUUGUACCUAAGAAAUGUUAACUUAACCAUGUUAACCCGGGCGCUCAGAGUUGAAAGUAUUGGAGCGUUGAUGCUUCUGAGAGGUCAUUUUUUGAAACAAAGAAA